GAUCUCACCCUCACCGCUCUCUCACAGCGCAGAAUGAGGGAGCUGGAUCUUCGAUAGGCGAUACCACGCUGCACUCACCGACGUUUGCAAUACUAAGGCCCACUCACCGAUUUCACUUCUCUCCGCGGGGGUCGUAGGCGGCGUACGCUGUACAACACAUUUUCGAAAUUCAAAGCACCAUCUCCGCUUGAAGCGCAGCUCAGAGCCAAACUAAUCAUGGAUGCCGCAAGCCAGAACACCUCUUUCUCCUCACUAUACGAUUCAUACCUGGACCGCGCAGACACGAAGUCGCAACCCAUCAACGUCGACCGCCCGGACAUGCGCCGUACGGCUUCAGCAGAGCACAAUGCGAUCAUGCGCCAGAUUAUGGAGCCGUGGGGAAACCUCUCUUCGACACCGCCGGCGUGCCGCGCAGUCAGCUACAGCAGCUGGCGCCACUUCUCCGCUACCUCUUCCAACCAGUCCAAGUCCCGCGACGAGAUGACGGCCUCAGCCCUCCUAGGAGAAAAUGGUCUCGCACCCGACUUCAACCCACCGAUGCUGGAGCGCUGCAACCUCAGCAUCGCCGAGGAAGUGGUGUGCGGCAAUCCUACGGCCCAGCCGCCAGAACUGCCCCAGCUUCGACAACGUAAUAGGGAUCCACGCUAUUACCCGCGCUUCCAGCGUACACAGUCCAGGAGGGCAAGCUCGACAGGCUCUUGGUCGACGCUCGCGAGUGAGAGCAGCUAUCAAAUGGGAGCAUCGGAGCCGGUCAGCUUCAACAAGCAGAUGGUGAGGCCGGCCAGCACAAGCUCGCUUCUUACGAUGAGCUUCAAGGAGUCGCCGAAGGCGCCGCGUUGUACGGAGCCGCCCAAGGCUGCGCUGGAUAAGAUUGGGAAAGAUUUCGGGAUCGAGAGGUUGAGCAUUGACAACUUGCCAGAGGAUGCAUUCGAGUCGGACAGUGAGGACGGGGAUUGAGAAGGGACGAGAGAGAAGAGAGAAAUCACCUACGCCACAAGUGCAAGUCAAGUAUGGGUAUCCUGUCGGGCCCGAUGCGCAGGUCAACAGUACCCAGGCACAAGGAUGCCAGGCCCACCGAAGGAGCAAGAUUCCCCAUGGCCAGAGAGAGGCGGGACUACAAGCCCUUGGGUGUUUUGGGGGCAGUAGAACAGCAUGUGU